UCAUCAAACCCCUCAAACUUUCUCAUUCUCGGCCAGAGACCAUUGAAAAUGGAUCUAAUGAGGGUUGCGGCUCUUGUCUUAUGGUUUUCGUUCUGCUUUGGGGAUUUCCUUGAGGCUGCAGUGCUUGGAUCAGCGCAGUACCCUUUAAGAGCUGAUGAUAACGGGCUGAGUUCACAUCUGGAAGAGCGAAAUCAGGGGGAACCGGCUCAGAUCUCCAGAUACGAAGAUCGGAGGAUUGACACAGUGGUGCCUCACGAGUACAUGGUAUCUCUCUACAGGACCCUGUCGGAGAUCGAGAAAAAUGCGUUAAAUGUCACUCUUGUUCGUACCAGAAAGCAUGCCAAUACUGUAACCAGCUUUGUAGAUCAAGGAAAUGAUAACCCUUCCACUGAGCCGGGCCAGAGGUAUUUGUUUAAUAUGUCCACUUUAUCUAAGAUAGAUGAGUUAGUGGGAGCAGAGCUGCGGAUUUUGAGAAAAACUCCCUCGAACCUACCUUCUUCUUUAUCCAAAGGUGGAAAUCUUUAUCGCAUCCUGCUGUAUUCUUGCCGGGAGGGAAAUGAUGGACAGCACUUGCUUGAUUCUAGAACUAUGGACAUCUUGGAUAUAGAGUCAUCAAAAUGGGAAGUGUUUGAUGUUUGGGGGAUCAUGAGAGGCCAGAAACACAGGACAGAGAAUCUGUUGUGUUUCGACUUGAUUGUCAUUUCAGAAUCUUCUAAGGAGGCGUCCUACCCUCAGGAUCUGGGAUUCAGCCGCCAUGCAUUGCAAACUCAAGAAAAGGCACUGUUGGUGGCUUUCACCCACACCAGGAAAAAAGAGAAUCUUUUUAAGGAGAUCAGAGAUAAAGUGAAAUCCAUGAGUGGGAUGGAUUUCCUGGGUCCUCCAGAUCCUGGCCAAAAAUCCCACAGCAAGCAUCGGCGGAGAAGAAGAAGCCCAAUCUCUACAAGGUCUGCUGGCAGCGGGGGAAGAGGCAACGGGAAAAGAUCAAAAACGCGCUGCAGUCGGAAGCCUCUCCAUGUUAAUUUCAAGGAGCUAGGCUGGGAUGAUUGGAUUAUAGCCCCUUUGGAUUACGAGGCUUACCAUUGUGAGGGAAUUUGUGAUUUCCCACUGAGGUCUCACCUAGAACCUACAAACCAUGCGAUCAUCCAAACCUUGAUGAACUCCAUGGACCCAGAGUCAACGCCACCGAGUUGCUGUGUCCCAUCCAAACUGAGCCCCAUCAGUAUUUUAUACAUAGACUCUGGGAACAACGUGGUGUACAAGCAAUAUGAGGACAUGGUGGUGGAAUCCUGUGGCUGCAGGUAGCAGUUUCAACACUGGGUGCCCAACUUGAACAACAACAGCAUUUCUGCAUGGCUCACCAGCAUUUGU